AUGGCUUUCGACCAAACAGAAAACACCGAGAUACCUCUGAUCGAUUCACUGCAGCCGGCGAUAGACAGCUCGCACGGGACAAGUGGAGGAGUGUCUGAUUCGCCAACCCGAUCCGUCAAUGCUUCGCCAACCCGAUCCUCGAACUCGAACGGCUCAGUCCGAACGUCUUCUACGGCGGCCUACGAGCGGGCAGAGCGGGAAGCCGAGGACGCUUUCAAUCAGCGCAUCGAAAACCUGUGCCAGGAUUUAUGGCCUUCCCCAACGUCUAUCAAGCACCGCUUCUUAGCUAGUCAAGCUGCUUUACGCCUACGCACGAAUAAGUUCUUUCGCUCUUUUGUACCAGCGCCACAAGUACCACUGAUCGAGCACCUCAAAGGUGGAGGUUUCAAUCACAUCACAAGUAUAACACUACCGUCGUCUUACGAUGAAGGCCACCGCAAUCUCAUCCUUCGAGUACCCCGAGAAGGCGAGUCACGGCCUGAUCAGCAAGUGGCCACUUUGGAUUAUGUACGACAGCGAACAGCAAUCCCGGUAGCCUCGAUCGAGUCUACCGACUUUACCUGCAACAACGCGGUAGGGAAACCAUAUGCCAUCCAGCAUCGGAUUCCUGGACGAGAUUUGGAUUCGGUAUGGGAUGUUCUUAGCCGCUCACAGCGAUGUGUAGUUGCAAAAGAAGUGGGCUGCUUGAUAAGAGCUCUCUUGUCAGUGGAGAGUCCGGUCGCCGGCACCAUUGAAGCAGCUACCAACGGCUCAUACACUUCUGCCGAGCUGCCAAAUAUCGUCCCAUUCAUACUGACAGAUGCACGUGGAGAUCUCGUUGAGGAACUGGAGCCGGACGCGACCAGUGGUGCAGGGACUGCUCGUUCGAGCGAGACUACCGUGGAGUUCUUUGAAUACUACCUCUCGCGCUGGAGGAAAUCUGCUCUCGCAGAGAGUCUUGGGGAGAACAACUGUGACGUCGAAUUAUACGAUGACAUGCUCAAAGUCGUGCACGAGAUGAACGCCCUGUGCUUGUUCAAGCCAGAAUUGAACUGCUUGUGCCACCUUGAUUUGCACCCUCGCAACAUCAUGGUCGAAAUCAAUUCCGAGGACUCCGUUCGAGUCACAGGGAUUCUUGACUGGGACGAAGCGGUGGUCGCACCAAAAUUUGUGAACUGUCAACCCCCUGGCUGGCUAUGGGGCUACGACAAAGACACCCAUACCGAGAAUAGCUUACUUCCCUGGCCAUAUGAGCUGGAGGGGGCCAACAAUACACCCUCGACACUCGAGCAACAGGAGCUCAAGUCCAUUUUCGAUGACCAUGCUGGGCCCGAGUACCCACGAUUGGCAUACUCUGAAUCCUCCCGCCUCAUGAGGGGACUCUACAGAGUCGCAACACUUGGAUUAACAGCGAAUUGGCACAGUGCAGCGGCGGAGAGGAUUGUGAAAGAGUGGAACAUACUGCGCCCGAACUUGACACAUGAUUUGUAG